AUGGAAAAUCGGCAUCCAAAACAUCCUUUUGAAAUUAUUCCUAGUAAAAGCAGCUUAAAACCAGAGUUUACUCCACAUAAAGAAGGCUGGAUUCAUUUCAGGCCUAACGGUAGCUUUAAGCAUUGAAUGAAAAAAUUCGUAGUUUUAGAUGAAAAGAAAAUAAGGAUAUUUAAUAUUAUUUUUUAUAUUUAUUUCCUCGAAAAGUGCUGAAAAAUAAAAGUUAUUUUUUGGAAAAUUAUUCAGAUAUUAAAGGUAUAACCAGCGUAAAUCAUCAUUUUAUGCAAUUUUCGACUUUGACCAAGCUACUUUCACAAUUCAAGUAAGAAACAUUGAAAAUGCAUGAGAAUUAAUACUGUACCCUCUUGGCCAUAAAAGACAUUUUCAUUUCAAAACUUAUGAUAUAGAAGAUUGGGCAAAAUGCAUAUUUUAUCAUAUAAAGGUUUCAGAUGGGUAUAAAAGAGACUUGGUGCAGGGAAUCCCUGAUUAUCCAUUUUGAAAAUAUAUUGGGAUAUCAGAUCAUCAGUUUAGAACUCAGGCUGAAACUGGUGAUAUCAUGCUAUUUCAAGGGAAAAAUAAUCCAUUUUUAAUCUAUUUUGCAUUUAAUUUAACUAUAUAUUCCUAAUAAAUAUCAAAAUAAAUCCAGAGCUUUGUAAUUCCUAGUCCAUAUUUAAUAUUAUUUAUUUUAUUUAUAUGUCGGAUGCAGCAGAUUUUUACUUUCAACGAAUAUGACCACGUUGCUAUGGUUCUUAAAUAUUACAAUGGCAAAAUUGCACUACUAGAAGCCACCUUAGAAAACGGAGUUUCUAUUGCAUUUUGGGAUGAUUUUUUUAAAUACAAUUGGUUUGAUUUAUAUGAAAAGAUCUCUUUCCGACAUUUAAAAGUAGAUCGCACUGAAAGUAUGCUUAUUAGUCUUGAAGAAUUCCUCCACAAAGUUAUAGGGAAAAAAUAUAAAAUUACUAUGAAAAAACUCACAAAUAAAAUUGGGAAGCACAAGUUUAUAGAAGAAGAUGGCUAUUUCUGUAGUGAGCUCGUUGCUAGUGCUUAUAGAGUAAUGGGAUUGGUCCCAAAUAAUGUUUCUACUUCAAAAUAUUGGCCUGGCGAUUUUUCAGAGAAGAAAACUUUGGAUUUGGUUAAUGCUCAGCUUGGCCCAGAGCAAAUAAUUGAUGACACUGCAUAA